CUUAAUAUUCUCUCUCUCUCUCAACCUUCAUGCUCAAGAUUCGCCUUAUAUUUUUCUUGAAAUAACAAAACACGUUAUCAAACGAGACGUUAAAUGUCUUACAUGUUACGUGUAAUUCUUUUUCGCUCUCUAUUUAUAAGUUAGAAGCCUUAGUUGAAAUCGCGGUUGGGUUGCAUCGCUCUCUAUUUAUGAGUUAGAAGCCUUAGUUGAAAUCGCGGUUGGGUUGCAUCGGAGUGUUUUUCUCUCUUUCCUAUGGAAGCUUUGCUUUGUGAUGAGGAUUGGCUUUCAAGCCCAGCUGAGGCUCACAUUGGCCUCCACCAUGAGAAGAAGCAUGGUGGUUCGGCCGAAAGUCUCAUGAGUUCAGUUUGUGUAACUGCAAACGACGAAGACAAUGAGCAGGCCGUCUCGGUUUGCUUGGAGAAGGAGAUGAGUUACAUGCCUGAAUCUCAUUAUAAGGAGUUUUUGGAAAGUAAAAAUCUGGUUUUUGUGAGGCUGAGAUGCAUUCAAUGGCUUAUCAAGUGUAGAAUACGAUGGAGUCUCUCCCAUGGCACUGUUUUUCUUGCUGCAAAUUACCUUGAUCGCUUCAUAUCUAAGAACAGAUGCAAAGAAUGGAAGAAUUGGAUGGUAGAAUUAUUGGCUGUUGCAUGCUUGUCCGUAGCUUGCAAGUUCCAUGAGAGCUAUCCUCCAACUUUGACUGAAAUUCAGAUGGAGGAGAUGGAUCAUGUGUUUGAUGGAAGCUCAAUUGAAAGAAUGGAGAUGAUAUUACUAAAGGUAUUAGAAUGGCGUUUGUGUUCUCCAACACCUUAUUCUUACAUACAACUCUUGGAAUCCAUGGAAUUGGAAGCUGAGGUUGGAGGCAAGUUUUUGAUGCCAAACAUCACACAAUUGCUUCUUGGAGCUGUCUUAGACUAUAACCUCGUGGAUUUCAGACCAAGUCUACUGGCUGUCUCUGCAGUUUGGUGCUGCCCAGAUUAUUUCCUCCCUCCAAUCACUUCACAGACACGUCUUUCGUAUAUCACGAGGAUGUUUAAUCAACACCCAGAGGAUGAAAUGAUGAAAUGUCGCGAGGUUAUGCAAGCAGCUCGAUCCUCUCAUUGCCCUCGAAGCCCCACUUCGGUGUUGAUGAACGAACGCAGCUGCUAAAGUGAAGAGAGAAACAGAAGAAUUCUGAAUAUUGACAAUAAAUAUUCAUAUUUCUACACGUUUUUUCUUUGUUGGGUCAAAUUGCACCAACCACCUCUUAACAACAGUGAUUGUUAUAGUUACAACACCUACAAAUUUUUCAUUUUAAGAACUA